AUGGACCACACCGUUGUAUUUAACAAUUUACAGUCGGUUUUACAAGCCGCGUCUUCAAAGUGCAAAGUUAUAGAUGAGAAGUUUCCUAGUAAGUUCUUCGAAAAGGACCCUGCUAGGAUCUUCGAGUCCUACAAAAAGUUUUUGAAGCCUAAGCUCGAUGGCGAAGGGAAUGUCAAGAACAAAGACAACCUUCCUGUCACAACAAUAGCCGAAAAGUUCAGCAAAAAUGAGUACGUUAAAAGACCAGGUGCAUUCUACAGGCUUCAUCAUGAUAUCAAAUUGGUGUGUACUCUGCUGAUACACUUCUACCCCCAAGGCACCAGAACAUAUCAAAUGGUAGACAAGUUCUACAAAUUCGCAACCGAGUUACUGCUGAGAGAAUGUUAUAGGUAUGGGAUCUCAAUGGUUGAAGAAUCGGAAGAACAAUACAGCGACGAGAAAACUCUGUUCAAUAAGCAGGUAUCUCGCGACUUCAUAAAGAUAUCUGUUGGUUAUUCUGUUCCUUACGCCGAGUCUUAUUAUAUUUCAUCGGGCGGGCUAGAUUUAUUCUCUUCAACAAUAUCCAAAUCGCAGCUGGACCAUCGUGUGACAGAACCUCCUAAUAGUAGCUUUGUAUCGAACAAAAUCGUUCCUCAAGCUGGCAACGAGAUCGCACCCAAGCUAGGAUUUGUAGCCGCAAACGUCAGCAAUAUCCCUGAUCCAACGUUACCGCCUUCUGAGAUGAUGACCAAAUUUUUGCACCCAAACUGGUACGCGCUUCCUACAACAGUAUGGCUAGAAUAUGGCGAUUUCAAAUCCUGGGCUCCUUCUUUCAAUGAAAGCGGUACUGUUUUAGAUGCCGCCCGCAGGGGGACUAUUUGGCUGGAGAAAACUGGAUACACAAGCCUUUGGAAGCUCAAAAAUAAGCACAAGGACACUCUUACGCGGGAAGAUUCUGAGGAGGCUUCAAAUAAGGAAACUAAUAACGAGAGUACCGAGAGCGUAUCGGCUGGCACAGAAGCUCUUAAACAUAAUGACAUUGCACAACCUAUUGGGGUGAGUAAAGAAUCGUCUCCACAGAAAAACGUUGAGAGUGAACAAAACGUUGGAAAUACGUCAAACGGUGCCAGCUCUAUAGAAAUAGACGAACACCAGGCCGAUGAUAAAGAGACUGGUGAAAACAAUCCAGUAUCGUCACCAAUCUCUUCUGGUUCGCUCAAAAUUAAGCUUGAGAACUUGUAUGAAUGGUCUCCUGGGAACAACAUUAGCGAUGAAGAAAUUCAAGUCAUAACAGAGGGCAAUGCACAUAAACUCGUGACGCAAACUCUUCUAGAGCUAAAAGAGAUGAAACGCAAGAGAGUAAAAAGUAAGAAAGUCAGUAAACCUGCGGCUAAAGAAAUGGAACUGUACUACAGGGCACAGCGGCUUUUACGGGAAGUGAUGUUGGCCAAGAAAGUAGAGAGCGUUCCUCAAAUAACAGCUAAAUCAUUUCCGGUUCUUCAGGCUAAUUACAUGGGCAGCGUGCCAGUUGUAAGAACUAUUCAAACAAGGAAGAAAAAAUAUAAGAAAUGA